GGAAAUUCCUGUUUAAAAUGAGCAGGUGAGAGUCAACAUGGCCACUCCCAUUUUCUCUUCCUCUUGCAACACCCCUCAGUGUGAGCCGACUUUAAAAAGCUUCCAAGCAGAGGGAGUUUUAGGCAGACAAGGGGAAGAAAUGAGCAGGUUACGCAUCUUGAAAGAAACUGGAAAACAGCAGAUUGCCAGAUGUUAGAUGGAAAAGGAACGAAUAAAUAUAUCAUAAACAAAAUCACGGAUUCUUCUGCAUGUUUGCCUGUGAGACACAGAUUCUGCAGCGACUGGCUAUCCUGGUGGUGUGCCAUGACUUAGCGAUGGGCCAGAUCAUCUCAUAUGACCUCCUGGUCCAGGGACCGAUGUCCUGGUUCAAAGCCCAGGAGUUCUGUCAGAGGCACUAUGUCAACCUUGCUGUCCUGAGCACAGAAGAACAAUACUUUACUUUCCUCAAUGCCACUGCUGCAAACAAAGUCAGCUUUUGGCUUGGCCUGCAGCGUCUGACCACCUUUAGUGGCUGGAAGUGGGUGAACGGGGAGGAGCUGAGCUAUGAUCACUGGUACAGGAGAAACUAUGAAGGCCACUGUGCAAGUUUGGAGGCCAUGUUGAAGAAAGAGAACAAGCUACUGGCUCGCUACUGUGAUGAGGCACACAUGUUUCUCUGUCAGGGUCCAGUUGCUCCGCAGCCAGUGACAGUGGACUCAGUGGGCUCUGAUCAUGUGGUUCUCAGCUGGAACGUCUCUGCAUUUAUGCAGAUGACACCACACAGCUACAACGUGACGACAUGCACCAACACAUGUGAUACACUCUUCUGCCCCUACCCUGAUGGCUCUGCCUUCAUGAACAUCAGCAUCUCCGACUUAACUUCAGCCACAGAGUACUUUAUAGAGAUUUCCACUUUUGUUGUUCGACCUGACAGUGUAACUGGUGGAAACAUGACCCUUAAAAGUAACUCUACAGCUUUCAAAGUCAAAACAGUGGACUCUGGUGCUCAGUACAAAGUCAUCAUUAUAAUCUUGAAGUCGCUCAAGCUCAUGCCUUUGGUUCCUUCACUCUGGAUUAUUUACCAUAUCCUGAGAAAAUGCAAGUCUCUGUCCUUGGAUGAAGUCAAGGAGUCAGAUCAUGAUAUCUCUCAGUCAUCAGUGGAGCUCCCAACUGAGGACACAAUUGUUUACCUGAUCCCACAGAAAAACAGAGGAUUCGGUUAAGAUUCAGAUUAAGAAAAAUGGCUGAGAUUGGGGUCCAAAUGACAGGGAAAGGCAAUUUAAUUCUUUUACCUUGAGCAUGAUGGCAUUUGUUCAUGAUAUAAACAUGAAAUAUCCUGAACAAGUUGAACAUAUGGAAUAGUAAGAGACAAGUUCCUAAACAGGCAAAAUGGGGAUAAUUUUUUUGACACAAAUGAUCAGUCAGUUUAUUGAAAACAAAUGUUUGAGAAACUGAUGAGAUGGUCAACUGUGAUGUGAUGAGAACUUAAGAUUGACCCCUAUGUCCUUUUAGAUCAUUUGCUUCACUGCUCCUCUCUCCUCCAUUUUGCAUAACCCAUCACGGUAUUUCUACUGGCACAGCAUAAUAUGCUCUAACCCUGCUGAUGUCUCCAGAGCUGACCUGUACUGCAUGCUACAAGCAGAGCCAAAGCAUGAUGGUGUCACGUCAUCAACUCAAAUAGUCAAAGACAUGGGCACACGACAGGAGGAGUUGUUAUUUUUAUAUUACAGUGGUUUUGUAGCAAAGUCCGUUACAAGUUGCUGUUGUUUAGAUUUUGUUUUACUUUUAACAUCCCUGUUCUUCAAAAGUAGAGCCUUGUUGGUUCGCCUUCCUUUUUAGGAGCAGAAAACCAAUGCCACUUCUGGCAGCUGCUUCACAGUAAAAGCCUUUUAGCGUUUGAGGGCUAAUUUGUUGCUCAAUGAUCCUGCUGAAAGCUGGUAAAUCAAAAUUUGGAUAUUUUUGGGUGCUUUCUUGCUGGUGGAUUAGUUUGAAACACCUUAAAAUAAGAGAAUAAGUCAACAUGAUGAUGAUUUUCUCAAUAUAUUUUGGAGCCAUGCUCAUCAAGUUAUGAUGAGCAUGUUUUGUUACACAGCCUGUGAUGGCCACCAUGUUUUUUCAAGCAGUUAUUUCAAAUUUGUGGGCAUUUCUGUGUCAUAUUUGAUCAUUUUAUCCAUCCAUUUCCCUACCAAAGCUUGCCGUCAACCUGCGUCACUUUCUUCUUUUCUCAUUUCUGAAAUAAUGCUAGUGACAAACCGUCACUCAUUAUCAUUAUUAUGGAUGAAUGUAGCGUUGACAUAUAAGGUUUACUACAAGCUGUGUUCCUUAUGUGAGGCUUAAUAUUAAGAUGUACUGUAUAUUCAAAGAAGGUAACUAGAAACAUGUUCUCUAAAUGUAGUUUCAUCAUUGAACUGGAGGUGGCAGAGUUUGCACCCGCCAAGAAAUGUCACAGUAUUAAGUACUACAACUUGUUUUAGACUUUAUUUAUUUUACAUAUAUGAACCUCACAUUAGUUAGUUAAUGUCAAAGGGAACACAGGCAGCAAAUGUGAAAAGGCCCAGAGUUAGCUAAAGCCUUGACUAAAACAUGAUUUCAAUGAAACUAUAUAUGGCAGAUAGGUCUGGUAGUAUUAGUCAUAUCAUUAAGCCACAGCUAAUCCAAAAGUAUUUAUAUUUAUUUAUAUAUAUAUUAUUAUUUAUAUUUCACACUCUUACGUUUCUUUUUUUUUUUUUAAAGUUCUAUUUGAAAAAUGUCCUGAGAUAACUUUUGUUAUGAAUUGGUACUAUACAAAUAAAACUGAACUGAAACUGAA